AUGGCACUUUUUCACGAGCUGCAAGCCGCCGAACCGCCCAGCCCGGACGCCGCGACGACUGAGGCGGGCGCAAGUCGGUCGACCCGAGCGACCCGUGGGUCAGCUGGGCCGCCCGCGGCGCCGCAGUUCGCCUGCGUUGGCCCCGCGCCUCAGGCUGCGGCACUGGCGCAGGCUCCAUCGCAGCAAUCCUCGCAGAUGUUCUUCAGCUCUCGUGGGUACGGCUUGUACGGCUUGUACGAACACAACGGCAUGCAGGAGCAGCUCAUCACGGGUUACUACACGCCUAUGCCCGCCCUCUCCCCUCGUUCGUACCGCGACUCACCCCUUCAGCUCCCCAACCCCCACACCUCCACCGCCUGGCAGCGAAUCAACACCGCGACAGGGACCCAUGUGCAGCUCCGGAACCUCUUCCUGAGAAAUGUGUUUGCACUGCUGGCGCUGUCGCUGGGCGCCGCCGCGGGCGGGGGUCUGGCAGUGCUGGUGGCCCCCCCCGAGGUGUCACGGCGCAUGCUACUGAACCAGCCCUGGGUGCUGCACCUCACAUUGGUGCUGGCGCUAGGUACACUGCUGCUGAUGGCGCUGUCGGAGAGGCUGCGGAGGCCCCACCCGCGUAGCCUCCUGGCGUUCGCGGUCUUUUCCGCCGGUCAGGUGCUGGUGGUGGCCACCGCCACAGCGGCGCUGGGCACGUGUAUUGUCGUACAGGCUGUCGCGCUGGCGGCACUGGCGCUGGCGUGUGUGGCUGCAUGCGCUCAGCUCCUAGGCCGUAUGGCCGACUUGACGGCCGGGUCGGGGAUUGCCUGGUGCUGCGCGGGUGUCGUACUGGGCUGGGCCGGCGGCGCUGCGCUGGAGGCUGUUGUCGCCGGCUCCGCCAGCGGCAGCGGCCUUCGCCGCUGCAGUUGGGUCGGCCACGCCGCUGGCGGCGCCGCCGCUGCCGCGGCAGCAUUCUCCAUGUACGCCGUGGUGGACGUACUGAUGCUGCUGUAUGGCAGGCACGCAUAUGCCGUACACUCGGACGAACACGUGUUUGCGGCGCUUGGGGUGUACCUUGACCCGCUAAACUUGGCGCUGUUCGGGCUGCACCGAUUGCAGCUGUUUCUGAUGCGGCGGGGGCGAGGCCCCGGGGAUGGGUCGGACUCGGAGGUGGGGCUCACGGACUGA